GCAUUCUCAGACUGACACUUAUUCAACACUGCCACCUUAAGCAGAUUACUUUUGCGCUGCCUGUGUCAAAUACGUGGUUCACUUUGCCUCUCCAUCAUGUUUAGGAUGCUGAAACACCAUCUUCACCCGGGCAUUUUUCUCUUCUUCAUAUGGCUUUGUCACCUCAUGGAACAUCAAAAAGUUCAAGCUGGGAACUGCUGGUUGCAGCAGGGAAAGAACGGGAGGUGCCAGGUGCUCUACAUGCCCGGGAUGAGCAGGGAGGAGUGCUGUCGGAGUGGAAGACUCGGAACGUCCUGGACCGAGGAGGACGUCCCCAACAGCACGCUCUUUAGGUGGAUGAUCUUCAAUGGCGGAGCCCCCAAUUGCAUACCUUGCAAAGGUGGAGAAACCUGCGAUAAUGUUGACUGUGGGCCUGGAAAGAGGUGCAAGAUGAACAGAAGAAGUAAGCCGCGCUGUGUGUGCGCACCAGACUGCUCCAACAUCACCUGGAAAGGACCAGUCUGCGGCUCGGAUGGCAAGACCUACAAAGACGAAUGCGCAUUGCUGAAGGCUAAAUGUAAAGGCCACCCUGACCUGGACGUGCAGUACCAGGGAAAGUGCAAGAAGACGUGCCGUGACGUCUUGUGCCCCGGCAGCUCCACGUGCGUUGUGGACCAAACAAAUAACGCAUAUUGUGUGACGUGUAAUCGGAUUUGCCCCGAGGUGACACCGCCUGAGCAGUAUCUGUGUGGAAACGACGGGAUCAUCUAUGCCAGCGCGUGUCACCUGAGAAGAGCUACCUGUCUUCUAGGCAGAUCUAUUGGAGUGGCAUAUGAGGGAAAAUGCAUCAAGGCCAAGUCGUGUGAGGACAUCCAAUGCAGCGCGGGGAAAAAGUGUCUGUGGGAUGCUCGGAUGAGCCGAGGCCGCUGCUCACUGUGUGAUGAGACCUGUCCAGAGAGCAGGACGGAUGAGGCGGUGUGUGCCAGUGACAACACCACAUAUCCCAGUGAAUGUGCCAUGAAGCAAGCUGCUUGUUCUAUGGGGGUGCUGCUGGAAGUCAAGCAUUCGGGAUCUUGCAACUGUAAGUAAAUAAUGAAAAUAUGAAAAAAAAGAGAAACAAAACAACUCCCCUUCCCCUCCAAGCAAAAGACAAUAUUCCAUGUUGCUUCCCCCAACAAAAACCCUCCUCUGAAAGUGCCCCCCACCCCAACUUUCCCCAAAUUUCCACCCCAGCCACACCACCAAGCACAGCUUAAGCAAGCAGAAAGGACUUGGGAAUGGAAGAACUUGCAUGACGUUGUCUUUGUCGCUGGCUUUUGUUCUUGUGUUCUUGUUGUUUUUUUUUUUAUUUUACUUUUACCAAUUCUUCUGCAAAACAAAAUAACAGAAAGGUGUAUGAAAAGGCAUAAAUCUAUAUCAGUCAACUCUAAUGGGAGUCUGAUAAAAGGCUAACUUCAUAAAAGUAACGCAAAUAAUAAAAUGAGACUAAUUUUGUUUGCAGUGGAACAAUCCUGAUAUUUAAAUAUCUAGUUAAGCUUAUGGUCAUGCUAGUGACCUGCAGGAGCAGGUUGCCUUAAAUCUCAUACCGUUUUUUAAUCAGUAAUGGAUUAUUUUUAUGAUAGUGGUCAUAUCUUUACAGCUUGUAAAAUCCAUGGUCACAUUGCUAUUUUAAAGGUAAUGGUGUAUUUGUGUUUUUGUAUUAUUUCUCUUUUUUGUUGCUUUUGGCUGUAAUCAAUCAAUUCAAAAUGCACUGCCUCUUGUGACAUACACCACACUGCCAACAUGUCAAUAAGAACAGAAUACUUUUAAAUAUACUCAAAUGAUGUGCAUAAGGUGAUUGUAACAUUGGUGCCAUGAUAAUGAUUAAUUAAGACAAUGGAUUUUAAAAUUGAUAAUCACGUAGACUACCUAUCUGUAGACCAGACUGAGCCAUCCAUACGCUCACAAAUCUGGGGGAAAACCAUCAAAUUGAACAAUAGCCUCAAGGAAGUAUCAAAUUUACAUUCCACGUUGCUAUGUUAAAGAAUGUCUCCUUGUUAGUUUCUUUCUCCUGACUGAGUACCUUAAUGUGAUGUGCCUUAAGGUAUGCAAUGGAAUCCAAGGGACCAACUUUAUGAUCACCUCAUGAGCUAAAUAUAAAUGUGAUAGUUUACAGUGUGCAGGAUAAGCAGAAGAAGCUUGUAGAAACACGCUCUCUUACUUCUCAUCUCGUCAUUAGAAAAAAAAAAAAAAAACGUCUAUCAGCUAACUUCUAUUGUUCGUGCUGUUUCCACUGAAUGUGUUGUCUAUCAGAAUAUGUAUCAGAAAUUACAAAUCCAUUUGGAUUGAUGAGGGACUGCCUGUUUUUUUUUUUCUUUUUUCUUUUUUGUAUUGUCACUCUUGCUCUUGCUUGUGUGCUUUUUUUUUUUUUUUUUUUACGUGUCCGAUGUAAAUCUCUUCUGUAAAAAGAAAAGAAAAUACCUCAGAACUGUGUUGAUGAUCUUUGACCUGCUUGCUAAGGCCAGGCUGUGACGCAGAGUCCUCCCUCCCUGUAUGUUCGAGUCAGAAACUAAAAUAAUGAUAAUAAUAAUAAUAAGAGCAAAGAAAAUAGCAAAUCCAAGAACACAAGAGCACUUUUUUUGUGUUACGUGUGUCUGCUUUCAGGAAUCUGUCCAAAAGAGACCCAAGCCACUGGAACCAUCAGACCCAGUGCCUCCCUACCCGCCACCUAGCCUCCCCCCUAACCCACCUUGCAACCCCCCCCCCCCCUCC